UUCACACACCACCGGUGUUGCGCGUGGAGUACAACAGAGAGCGAGUGAGAGAGAGAGAGGGAGAGAGGGAGAGAGUGGUGUUUUCCCUCUCCUCUCGCCUGCCAUUCCCUCCACUGAACUCCCCAGUAAAGUUCUCCCUGAACAUAUGUGUUCAAACGCACAUAUGAAGACAUCUCAUCUGGGGAGACUCCGCUUCUGCGUUUCCAGCCAAAUGGCCUCAUAAGGAGCAUGGUGUCUGGCUGAGGUGAUUUUUACGCACGGAGCUGACAUGGAUCACGGACUCUUCAGAGGCAGUUGGCUGCCGGUGACUGGGAUGGUUGUGUGCCUCCUUCUCUGUGCGUGUGUAGUGGACCUGGUUCUUGCGCAAAUUCGCUACUCAAUACCUGAAGAGCUGGAACACGGAGCAUUUGUGGGCAACAUCGCCGAAGACCUGGGCUUAGAUGUGGCCAGGCUGUCAGCUCGUAGAUUUCGUAUAGUUUCUGGCGCAAAGAAACAAUAUUUAGAAGUGAACUUGGAGAACGGCAUUCUCUUUGUAAACGAAAAGAUAGACAGAGAGGAGCUGUGUGAACGAAGUCCCAGCUGUUUCUUACACUUACAAGUGGUCAUUGAAAACCCCUUAGAACUGUACAGAGUGGAAGUGGAAAUUUUAGAUGUAAAUGACAACUCUCCUAGUUUCCCGUGGAGCGAGUUUAAUCUUGAUAUCACCGAGUCGGCUGCCCCCGGCUCUUGUUUCCCAUUAGAAAGCGCACAGGAUCAGGACGUGGGCACCAACUCUCUGCGCUCCUACCAGCUAAGCGCAAACGAACACUUCAUCCUAAAUAUUCAGACGCGUAAUGAUGGAAGCAAGUUUGCUGAGCUGGUGCUGGAUACCCCACUGGACCGAGAGCAGCAGAAAAAGCAUGAAAUGGUUCUGACUGUUGACGGGGGCUCUCCUGAACGGUCUGGGACAGCACUGAUAACUAUUACAGUGUUAGAUGCAAACGAUAACGUGCCGGUGUUUGAUCGCUCUGUUUACCGGGCGAGUCUGGUGGAAAACGCACCUAGAGGGACACUGGUGCUGAAGUUGAACGCCACAGACCUAGACGAGGGCUCCAAUGGGGAGGUGACCUACGCGUUUAGCGGGCACGCACCACUCAAGGUGCGUGAACUGUUCAGUGUGGACCCGUACACGGGUGAAAUCCGAGUCAAGGGCGUUGUGGACUAUGAGAAAGCCAGUGUGUAUGAGCUGUACGUACAGGCGAAAGACAGAGGUCCCUCGGCUGUGGCAGUACACGGUAAAGUACUCGUAGACAUUCUGGAUGUGAAUGACAACGCGCCAGAAGUCAUCCUCACAUCAGUGUCCACGCCAGUACAGGAGGACGCGCCACCUGGCACGGUGAUCGCUGUUAUCAGCGUCAUGGACAGGGACUCGGGAGAGAACGGGAAUGUUGACUGCCAAAUUCCAAGCAACGUACCUUUUCAGCUCCACUCAUCCUUUAAAAACUAUUAUACUCUGGUGACAAGCGAGUUUCUAGACAGAGAAUCGGUGUCUGAGUACAACAUCACCCUCACCGCCCGUGACUUGGGCUCUCCUUCGCUCUCCACCAGGAAAACCAUCCUCGUCCAAGUGUCUGACAUUAACGACAACCCCCCGCGGUUCUCUCAACCUUCAUACACAGUUUAUGUGACCGAGAAUAAUGCCCCGGGCGCUUCCAUUUGCUCUGUAACUGCAUUCGACCCCGAUUCUAACCAGAACGCCUAUCUGUCUUACUCUAUUCUUGAGGGUCAGAUUCAGGGCAUGCCGGUGUCCACUUAUGUCUCCAUCAACUCUGACAACGGCAACAUAUAUGCAUUGCGCUCUUUCGAUUAUGAACAACUUAGAAACUUUCAGAUUCUGGUACAAGCGCAGGACGCGGGUUUCCCCCCUCUCGCCAGUAAUGUCACAGUGAAUGUCUUUGUUUUGGACCAGAAUGAUAAUGCACCUGUUAUUAUAUCUCCGCUGCCCAAAAAUGGGACCGUAGCCACGGAGGUGGUUCCGCGGUCGGUAGACGCGGGGUAUCUGGUUACAAAAAUCACAGCUCUAGACGCAGAUGCAGGACAAAACUCCAGACUGUCCUACCAGGUGUUGCAAGCCACAGAUCCGGGGCUGUUCAGCGUGGCUCUGUACACGGGAGAAAUAAGGACUAUUCGCCGGUUAGUGGAAAAAGACGCAACAAGGCAAAGACUGGUAAUAUUAGUCAAGGACAACGGGCAGCCGCCUCUCUCCGCCACCGUAUCUAUUGUCCUCACAGUGGUAGACAGCGUACCCGAGUCGCUGUCAGAUUUCGGAGACCUCACUCUCAGCCCACAGCCCCCCUCAAACCUCGCUCUCUACUUGAUCGUGUCACUGAGCACAAUAUCUUUAAUAUUCCUGGUGGCUAUUAUUGUGCUGGCUGCGGUCAAGUGCUACAAAGACAGAGAGACCCUCAGCGGAUACAAUCUGCCCCCCUUCGCCUGCUGCUGCUGUGGGGGGUUUCAGCCCGAGCCGCCUCCGGAGGUGUUCAAAAAAUCCAACCUGAACCUGCAGAUUUCAUCCGCAGCUAAAGUGCCCACGAACUGUAUGGAGCCGUGCAGCCCAGGCAGCACACCGAGGAACAACGAGGCGAAGAGCGCAGAAAACUCCUGGAACGCGCAAAGCCGGAGUGCAUCUGUGAACAACGGAGCAACCACUCCAAAUGAGCUCAAACAGCCAAACACAGACUGGACUCUUACAAAGAAUCAGAACUCCUCCAUUAAAAGUUACAACUCUAUCAACAUGGAUGGAACUCUUAUGCGUAAGGCAAUGCACGCAGAUCCAGAAAACUAUGUCACCUCCAUGGCACCAGGACAGUACUGGACUUGGGGUACUCACAUGAGAGGCAUGAAAGAUUAUAAGAUGACCCCUUCAACCAGUGGUGUCCAGUCUCGUCCCUGGACUCCAAGGUGCACACCGCCUCCCCAGCAGCAGCAGCCAUCCAUCCCCUCUCAUCCUCAUCCACACCCCCCGCCUGAUUACCACCACAAUGUGUACAUCCCUGGGACGCCAUCAGGGUUUUGCACCCUGAGGCCUGCAACGCAAAGAAGUGAGCUGGAUGUUCACAACUCCUUCUCCACUUUUGGCAAGAGGAGACGUCUUCAGAUGUCACCUCAGGGAGAGGCUGCUAUGAUAAAUAAUGACUUGUACAAUGACUGACUUUUGAACGACUAUCUAAAGGGAUGAUGAGAAUGACAGAUAACCUCAUAAGAAGUCGGAGGAAAUGACUAUUUAGUAUAUAAAUAAUUGGACAAAAGAUUUAUUGAAUAAAAAGGAAAGGAACUGUGCAAAAAAAAAAAAAAAACCUGCUUUGGCAAAAUAUUGGAAAUAAUGUCUGAUGGAUAUUUGGUAUUUAUGUGACAUGCCACUGCGAUAUGGUUAAUGUAUGCAUUUGCCAAUUAUUAUCAUUAUUAUUAUUAUUAUUAUUAUUAUUAUUAUUAUUAUUAUUAUUAUUAGUUAGACAAUCAAACUGGAGAAGCAGUUGCCAGUUGUUACAUCCAAAAUGUACUAAACAGCAUUAGCAAAUAAUGAUUUUGCACAUCCUUAUCAAUUUAUAUUUUUUAGGUUUAAUGAAAAAGAAAAUUGUUUUUGUAUGUUUGUUUGCAGAGCUUGUGUGAAUACGACAAAUAGUAUGAUAGUGUUUUUGCAAGCUGCAACAUACCGCAGAUAACUGUAAAGAAGGGGAAAAUUCUCCACACAUGUACUGUACACAUUUAUGAAAAUAAAGUAUUUUUUUCAUAA